AUGCAACAAGUAACUCCUAUCACAACAACAGAGGCCAUGGAACAAGUACUCCUAUCCACACAGAGCAUGAAAGUACCAUCACAACAGAGGCCAUGGCAACAAGUACCCAAAUCACAAACAGAGCCAUGGCAACAAGUACCCUAUCACAACACACAGAGCCAUGCAACAGUACCCAAUCACAACAACAGAGGCCAUGAGGCCAUGGCACAGUAUCCUAUCACAACAGAAGCCUGGCACAAAGUACCCCCUAUCACAACAGAGGCCAUGACCACAAGUAACCGCAGUCACAACAGAGGCCAUGGCAACAGUACUCCUAUCACAACAGAGGCCAUGGCCAAACAAUAUCCAAAUCACAACAGAAGGCCAUGGCAACAAGUACCCAAAUCCCACAGGGCCCGAUGGCAGCAAUCUUCCUAUCAACAACACAGCCGGCCAUGGCAACUAGUAACCAAAUCACAACAGAGGCAUGGCAACAUUACCCCUAUCACACAUACCGAGGCCAUGCACAAUACUCCUAUCACAACAACAGAGGCCAUGGCAACAAGUACCCUAUCACACACAGAGGCCAUGUUAACAGUAGCCAAAGCACAAACGGCCAGGAAACAAGUACUCCUACAACAACAGAGCCAUGUUAACAAGUACUCCUAUCACACAACAGAGGCCAUGGUAAACAACAAGGUACCAAAUCACAACAACGGAGGCCCAUGGAAACACAGUACUCCCUUCACAACCAGAGGCCAUGGCCACAGUCCCAUAUCACCACAGUGGCCAAUGGCACAAGUACCCUAUCACAAACAGAGGCCAUGGCAACAAGUACCCAAAUCACAACAACAAGGCCAUGGCACAAAGGCCAUGGCAACAAGUACCCCUAUACAACCCAGAGGCGCAUGGAACAAUUACCCAAAUCAAACAGAGGCCUAUGGCAACAAGUCUCCUAAAUCACACACAACAGAGCCUGGCAACAAGUACCCUAAUCACAACAGAGGCAUGGCAACAGUACCUCAAAUCACAACAACAGAGGCCAUGGCAACAAGUCUGCCAAUCACAACAACAGGAGGCCAUGGCAACAGUUACCCAAAUCACAACAGAGGCCAUGGCACAAGUACUCCUAUCACACAGAGGCCAUGGCAACAUACCCAAAAUCACAACAGAGGCCUGGCAACAAGUACCCAACCACACAGAGGCCAUGGCAACAAAGCCAUGGCAAACAAGUACCCAAAUCACAACAGAGGCCCUAUGGGCAACAAUACCCAAUCACAACAGAGGCCAUGGCAAAAAGUACCCAAAUCUACACAGAGGCCAUGGCAACAAGUACUCCUUCACAACGAGGCAUGCAACAGUACUCCUAUCACAACAGAGAGCAUGUUAACAAGUAUCCAAAUCACCACAGUAGGCCAUGCAACAAGUCCCAAAUCACAACAGAGGCCAUGGCAACAAGUACCCCCUCUCACAACACAGAGGCCUGGCAAACAAGUAACCAAUCACAACAGAGGCCAUGGCAACCAUUACUCCUAUCCAAAACCAGAGGCCAUGGCAACAAGUACUCCUAUCACAACAGAGGCGCAUGGCAACAAGUACUCCUAUCACAACGAGGCCGUGGCACAAGUCACUCUAUCAACAACAGAGGCCAUUGCAACAAGUAUCCAAAUCACAACAGGGCCAUGGGACAACAAUACCUCCUAUCACACAAAGAGAGGCCAUGGCAACAAGUAUCCCAAAUCACAACGAGGCCAUGGUCCAUGGCAACAAGUACCCCUUCACAACAACAGAGGGCCAGGCAACAAGUACCCAAUCACAACAGAGGCCAAUUGCAACAAGUACCCUAUCACAACAUAG